ACUGUGGCUACGGUCAUUACAAUCUGUGUUCCCUUUGAACCCGUGCACCAAUUCCAGGGCUGUAUUUUUGAAAACUCGUCUCUGUCGACACAAGAAACCUUCUGCAGUCAGAUUCGUUUGAAUACGCGGCUUAUGGAAAGAAAAAAUUGGUUUCCCCUUUGGCGAUCAUAGUUUCAUUAUCGUAAUCUGAAAUCCUUCUCGUUGGAUCGCGCGAUGUCAUGGGAUCUUUCAAUCUAAUCUGGAGCGGACUGUCAUAAACAAUGUAUCUUUACGACUUUCGAAAGUGGAAAAUCAGAGUUAAAACACAAGGAGGUUUGUACACAUUACGCAAGCGGCUAUUACGAAGCUUUGUAUCAGCAGUCUUAGCAAGCCGCUACUUUUAACAUAUUCGUCAUUACCAGCUUCAAUUGGUUACGAAUAUCGAGACUUCUACCUACGAUGUCCGAUCUCUCGUCUACAGCACACAAAUCAGCCCCGUUUGCCAGUGGGUCUGAAAUGUGUGGAUGGGUCAGACAACUGGAACUAUGCGCGUUGCGGGUGGGUCAGAGAACUAUACAUACAAUCAGCUUCUUUACUACCAUGCUGAUUGAUAAACAUUCUGCCUAAGGAAGCUCAUGGGAAUGGGGGUCCGGAGGACUAUAUAAAUGGAACCCCUUUCUGUUAUCGUAUCCACAAGAAGUUAUCCUAUCUCGCACCAUGUCCUCUCAAACCGCUCUCUGGCUUACCGAAGAACGAGGGUCCUUCACUGUUGGGCCUCAUGUUAUACCUACUCCCGAAGCUGGCGAGAUUUUGGUCAAAAUUGAGUCGGCUGGCCUGAACCCGGUCGACUGGAAAAUACAGGCGUAUGCUUUCUGGGUUGAAAAAUACCCCGCCAUUGUUGGAAACGAAGUAGCGGGAACUGUUGAAGCAGUAGGGGAGGGCGUCACUCAAUUCGCUAAAGGAGAUAGAGUGUUCCACCAGGCUACCAUGGACAACCGGAACGCUGCUUUCCAGCAGUAUGUGAUUGUCCCAGCAGAUCUAGCCGCCAAGAUCCCCAACAAUAUAUCGUUUGAUCAAGCAGCAACCAUCCCUGUUGGUAUUGCUACAACUGCUUUAUCCCUUUACUCACCGGCGCCGAACGGCAUUGGAUUGCGAGCACCCUGGGAUGGAGGCAGGGGAAGCUUUAGUGGACAGCCGAUUUUGGUCAUCGGUGGAGCUACUUCUGUCGGUCAGUAUGUGAUCCAAUGCGCCAAGCUAUCUGGUUUUUCCCCCAUCAUAACCACAGCAUCCCUUCAUAAUACCGCGCUUCUCAAGUCAACUGGUGCAACCCACGUUCUUGAUCGUGGCCUAUCACCUUCAGCUCUGUCGGCCGAAGUUCUCAAUGUCACUUCGACUCCUAUCAAGCUCGUGUAUGACAGUGUCUCUCUAGCGGACACUCAACAAAUCGGAUAUGAUAUUCUCGCCCCUGGUGGCCAUCUCAUUAUUUUGUUGCAGGACUCUAUCAAGGCUAAGGAGGGCGACAACAAGACCAUUUUUCACGUGUUCGGUAAUCUUCACCCUCCUCAGAACAGGGCAUUUGGAGCGGGUCUGUUCAGUCACUUGACCAAAUAUCUGGCAGAUGGUGAUAUAAUCCCCAAUACCGUGGAAGUUAUUCCGGGAGGGUUGAAUGGUGUGGUUUCUGGUCUUCAAAGGUUGAAGGACAACCUGGUCAGUGGUAGAAAGCUAGUUGUUCACCCUCAGGAGACGGCGUGAGGCCUUUCCAGUACAUAGUCGCGCACACUUUGUAUUACCCAUACCAGGUCAUGUAUUUUUGUCGUUAUGAUUGUGUAUGACAUGUGACCA